UCUCCACAGUUACUGAACACCCCCAGGGAUGGUGACCCCACCACCUGCCUGGGAAGCUGUGGCCGCUGCAUCACGGCUCUUAGGGAGAAGAAAUGUCCCUAAUAUCCAACUCGAUAGCUAUGAAAUGAGUUGAGAGGCUCAGGAUCUCACAUAAGGGCAGGGAAGUUGUUGGAAUCUCUGCACACAGGAGUGGGUUGCUAUGGGUGUGACCCCUAACAGCCAGGCUGUUCAGUUCUGGAACCGGCUGCCAUGAGGACACUGGAAAACACUCUGGGGUGAACAGGGUGGCAGCACACAGACAGCUGCCAGCAGCAGAAAAUGGGGGGGGACAUGUUUCUGUAGGAUUAAACAUCUUCCUUUGGGGAAAGCCUGAUGCAAGUGGAUGGCAGAGGCUGGGGUGUACGGAGUCUGUCUGCCUCAUCCUUCGACAUGGGUAAGUCUGACAGGCUUUAUAAAACUGGCCAUAGGGCUGAAGCUAUUCAGGGGCAUCCAGAGAAGGGCUGCAGGGAUGGGGAAGGGUCUGGAGGGUGAAAAGUGUGAGGAGUAGCUCAGGUCCCUUGGGUUGUUCAGCCCAGAGCAGAAGAGGCAGAGGGGAGGAUCAUGGUGGCCCAGCAGCCCCUCAUGGUCCAUGGGUUGGUGCUCUGUAGGAUGGCUCAGGUUAUACAACUUAGCUGGUCUGGACCUGGAGUGCCGGGUUCCUCCAUCCAUGGGUGUUUCAGCAGGUGCCCCAAGGGUAAACAAGGUGGGGCUUUGCUCCUGUUAUGGGUCACAGGCCAUCUCUGACACUUUGGACUUAUGCUGAGGAUGCAGCAGUGUCCCUGACCACAUCCCUACUGCUGGAAGCGUGCUGUAAGCUGGCAUCUCGGAGGUCCAUCCACAUGGACUGUUGUAAAUGACCCUUCUGGGACCACCUCUAUUGCAGCUCCAGGAGCACGCUGCUCCUGGCUUGUUGCCCCUCCACAGCCAUGACAGCUUCUUCUGCCCGCUGACUCGCUAUGAGAUUUGGAGAUUUGUGGCCCAAUGUGGAUUGCUGCAGGAUUUGAGCUUUCCUGCUUAGGUACUCUGCUGUUUGAAGAGCUGCAGCAGCGGCUCUCGUUAGCCAAGGCUGCACCCAUUCAGCAUAAUAGCUGCUUAGCAGCACAGCAUCCCUUCUAAUAACAGGCUGAUCCUUAAGGAGGGAGGGAAGUAUGUCAGCACACCUCCUAAUUUGCUCCCAGGCUGACAGCUUGCUUUGCAUUCCAGCCAGCAAUUAUAGGGCUUACAGAUAGUAAAAGUAAUGACGAGAUGCGAAGGAAAACCUCCGUGCAAGUGCUGCUUUCUGGAGGUGUUUGAGCACAUCUUUAGCACCCAGCAGGUGGUUCCUCAUGGGAACCACAUUUUUUGGGUUCUGUUUAUUGACUGGAAGCGGCUUUCACCUCCUCCUCCUCCAUGCUAUAGAAAAACCACCGUCGUUUCCCUUGCUGGGUCUCGCGGUGAGCACAGCACUGUGCAAUGGUGGGUGAGCACAGCCCGCUGUGUGCCUGCCUGCGGUCUGCAGGGGCUGAUCUCCACCUCACCGGGCUGUUCCAGUGUCUGGAGGUGCCUGUGGCCACGGGUGGGUACCCAGCCAGGCUUGGAGCCCAUUCCAGCAGUACGCCAUGUGAUUUGCUUUUGGCUUUGUCCGUAGGUACGGGGUCGAGCAUUCUUUCUGCUCUGCAGGACUUGUUCUGGCUGUCUAAAUCCAAAGUAGAGAAACAACUGCAGAUCAUCUCCGUGCUGCAGUGGGUCCUCACGUUCCUCGUCAUGGGUAUUGCUUGCACUUUAAUCCUCAUGUACAUCCUGUGCACAGAUUGCUGGGCGAUUGCUGCUCUGUAUUUAGCCUGGCUGGUGUUCGACUGGAAUACACCCAAGAAAGGUGGAAGAAGAUCCCAGUGGGUGAGAAAUUGGGCUAUAUGGAGGUACUUCAGGGAUUAUUUUCCAAUAAGACUGGUGAAAACCCACAACCUGCUGACCACCAGGAAUUACAUCUUCGGUUACCAUCCACAUGGCAUCAUGGGCUUGGGAGCCUUUUGCAACUUCAGCACAGAGGCCACGGGAGUCAGCCAGAAAUUCCCUGGGAUCCGGCCCUACCUGGCAACCCUGGCUGGGAACUUCAGGAUGCCCAUCCUGAGGGAUUACUUAAUGUCUGGGGGUAUAUGUCCUGUGAACCGUGACAGCAUAGACUACAUCUUGUCCAAGAACGGCAGUGGCAAUGCCAUCAUCAUCGUGGUGGGAGGAGCAGCAGAGUCCCUCAACUGCACCCCGGGGAAGAAUUCAGUGACACUGAAGAACAGGAAGGGAUUUGUGAAACUGGCACUGCGGCACGGUGCCGACUUGGUUCCCGUCUACUCUUUUGGGGAGAACGAAGUGUACAAGCAGGUGAUCUUUGAGGAGGGCUCCUGGGGAAGAUGGGUUCAGAAGAAGUUUCAGAAGCACAUUGGCUUUGCUCCAUGCAUCUUCCAUGGCCGCGGGCUCUUCUCCUCGAACACGUGGGGCUUGCUGCCAUACUCCAAGCCCAUCACCACUGUUGUGGGUGAGCCCAUCACCAUUCCAAAGAUCGACAACCCAUCUCAGAAGGAAGUGGACUUCUACCACGGCGUGUACGUGGACUCCCUGAUCAAGCUCUUUGACAAGUACAAAGGCAGGUUUGGAUUGCCAGAGACUGAGGUCCUAGAAGUCAACUGAAGGGUCCGGCUCAGCAGCACCUCCUUCCCUCAGAAGCAUCUUCUCCGGGAGCCCAAACCGUCAUCGCGUUUUUGGAAGCGUGUGUGGGUGUCCGUGUCCUUCUAAAGGAAAUGUUUAACGUAUUGCUAGACCACGUGUGAAAACUGAUCUAAAAAAGAAAAGCUUUCCUUUGGAUCAAUCCCAUGACAAACCUCUUUCUAUCCAAAAGAGCACAACUCCCCACUGCUGUGAGGAUUUGGAUGGGGGAAAUGAUUGCCUUUGUCACCUGCUAUGUAAGGCUGUUGGAUUGCCAGAGGUGGAUUAGAAGCGUUCCUGCAUCUGCUGCGCGAGCUGUUCUGGGGGGAGAGCAGCGUCCAUCUGGUUUCCAACCAACGAGCAGAGCAGUGCUUGGAUUGUGAGCAGUAUUAUCGGUGUGUUGCACAACAGCUGUGCUGAGAUGUGCUCACCCAGCACAGGAGUUUUUCUGCUUCGGAAAAGCUCCUCUGAAAGCACCAAAGCCAGAACCCCAGGGGAGAGGUGCAGGAACGCCAAGGAUGUCAGAGCCCAGUGGGCCUCGGUCCACACUGUGUGGGAUGCUGUGGUGGCUGGCAUUUCACCACUUGUGUUCAGAAUGUCACUUUAGGAGCUGGUCUGUCCCGAGUGCUGCUUGCACAGCGCUGUGCUGCAGGAGGAAUGGGACUCCUCCAUAGCCACGGAGCUCCGGGGGCAGUGGGGUGGUGCAAUGGUGUGGCCCAGUGCUGCAGACCCGUGGGAAGCCAGUCGGGGUAAAUGCCAUGGGGCUGCUGGUGGUUUGGAGCCUAAAAGCAUUUGGGGAAAGCUAGGAGUAACUUCUGCCCAAAGAUGGCUUUUAACUCUUCUGUCCAGUGAAUGUAAAGGAGUAGCCUUCUCAGGCAUAGGAUCUGCAGUGAGUGGAUUUUAAAGUGUUUCUCUGAUGUUUACAUGGAUGCUAACGCUGCUUGUAGUGAGAUUCCUUCGGAGUACAGCAUGUUUAUGUGUAAAGCUGAAACGUUGCACUACUUGCAUGUCUGCCUUCUCCGCGCUGCGGCUGUGUUGCAAGCUCUGAAAUGUGCCUUUCUUCCACGCGAGCGGACGGUACUUCACAUUCCUGGAAUCUGUCACAUCUCAUAGACUGUUAUCUGACAGAGGACCCGUGGGUUUUUUUUGUACAGAUUUCUAGAAAUAAACUUGGGCAAAACCA